AUGGACCCCGUCAUCAUUACGCCGGAUGACGUAGCUGAGGCGGUCCGUAGGGCCCCGAACUGGAAAAGUCCGGGACUCGACGGACUGCAUCACUACUGGCUGAAGGGGUUCGUGGUGUGUCACGCUGUUCUCGCCCGACAGUUUCAAGAGGCUCUCGACCAAAAGUCGCUCCCGAGCCUCUUCACUACUGGGAUCACUCAUCUGGUUCCUAAAGACCGAGAUUCCACAGACCCGAGCAAAUACCGCCCCAUAACGUGUCUACCUACCAUAUACAAGACACUCACAUCCAUUUUGAGCGCGAGAAUCACUCGUCACCUGAACUCAAAUCAGGUGAUGUCGCGCGCUCAAAAUGGAUGUCGGGGCGGUGGUCGUGGAACCAAGGAACCACUCCUCAUUGACGCGGUCAUUGGCAAAGUGGUUAAACGCAACCGUCGGAACCUCUCCGCCGCCUGGAUAGACUACAAAAAGGCAUUCGACUCGGUGCCUCAUACAUGGCUGAAGAGGGUCCUCGAGCUGUACAAGGUUGACUGUACAGUUCGAGACUUCCUCGGGCAGUGUAUGGGGCAGUGGAGUACGAUCCUUUGUCAUCUAGGCGAGCGGAUGACGGCUGCGGAGAACCACAUAAGGAUAAGAAGGGGUAUCUUCCAGGGCGAUUGUCUGAGUCCAAUCUGGUUCUGCCUCUCUCUGAACCCUCUUAGUACCUUACUGGAGGGUUCCGGGAGGGGAUUUCAGCUUCGGAGAGGAGGUACAAAAGUGACCCACCUUUUCUAUAUGGAUGAUCUCAAGUUAUUCGCCUCCAGUCGCUCUCAUCUUAUGGAAUUGCUAAACAUCACUUGUGAUUUUAGCAAUUCUAUUAGAAUGGAGCUGGGGACGGAUAAGUGUGCGGUCCUCCAUGUUGAAAGGGGAAGGGUUGCUAACUCUGAGGGCAUAGAUUUAUCUAUGCCUAUCAACAUAAGGACCCUUUCCGAGGCUGAAACAUACCGAUACCUGGGUAUGUCACAGAACAUCGGUGUAGAUGAGGCGGGUAUGAAACAGUCAGUUUGCGAUGUGUUUUAUGCACGCUUGACCAAAGUAAACUUAACAGCCUUUUGUCCGGUGUGA